UCACUCUCAGUACUGACCUCGUUGAGUUUACACCAAAACUGAACAAGUCCGACUAUUAGUGAAAUGAAGUUUUUUGGCUUAUGUUUGGUGAUUGUUGGCCUGGUGUUUGUACACGAAGGCCAACCAUAUCCGUCAAAAUCAAUCGUUCUACAUCCCCCUGACUCGAGGACUGUUCGAAUCUACUUUGUGGCGUUGGCGAACAUGCUGCACGAAAUUUAUGAAAAGUCAAAAGGGAAUGGAAAACCAUCCAAAGGAGGCGGCAAAGUGUUCAAGAACUGUAAAGAACUCUAUAAACGCGGUUUUAGACAAAACGGUGUAUACACCAUCGACCCGGAUGGCAAAGGAAGAUUCAAGGUUUACUGUGACCAAAAGACCGAUGGCGGAGGCUGGACAGUUAUCCAGAAAAGACAAGACGGUUCAGUGAACUUUUACCGAGGAUGGAUGUACUAUAAGAAUGGAUUUGGAGAUCUGAAAGGCGAGUUUUGGUUGGGCCUCGAUAAGAUCAAUCGACUGACCCAUCAAGCUAAAAAUCGUCUUCGUGUUGACCUGAUGGAUACCAAAGGAAAGACCGCGUAUGCCGAGUACGAUUACUUUGCUGUGGCCAGUGAACGAGCCAAGUACAAGCUGAGUCUUGGAACUUACUCAGGUACUGCAGGCGAUUCAUUGUCCUACCAUCGUGGUAUGCCCUUCACCACCAAAGAUCGUGAUAAUGAUAAGUUGAGUGGUAUUAACUGUGCUGUUUGGUUCAAGGGUGCCUGGUGGCAUAACAGGUGCCACCAGUCCAACCUUAAUGGUCUGUACCACCACGGUAAGCACAAGUCCGGUAGUGACGGUGUGAACUGGCAGCAUUGGAAGGGUCAUCACUAUUCUGCUAAGAGAGCUGAGAUGAAGAUAAGACCAGUGUAAUCAUUGUAAGUCUGUUGUACCGACCAAGUACAAAAUAAAGAUGAUUUGAAAA